AUGGCAGACCGCAGCGUGGAUUUAUCCGCCCUGCCGAAGGCGGUUCGAGACCAAUUGGCGGAGUUGGACUUGGAGCUAUCCGAAGGUGACAUCACACAGAAAGGCUUUGAGAAGAAAAGAGCAAAGCUGCUGGCCUCCUGUUUGACCAAGCUGCAGGAUGUGACGCCACCAGAUUUGCAGCUUUCUGAAGGCCAAAGCAUCGAGCCCACGCCAAGUCCUGAGGCCCCGGGCCCCUCCAUAUCUUCAGCUGCCAAACACCACCGAGCACACCGGAGUGGAGGGGCCAGAGAUGAGCGCUACAGAUCAGACAUUCACACAGAAGCAGUGCAGGCAGCAUUAGCUAAACACAAAGAGGAGAAGAUGGCCCUGCCCAUGCCAACCAAGCGACGCUCAGCCUUUGUCCAGUCUCCUAGUGAUGCUUGCACACCUCCAGACACAUCUUCUGCAUCAGAGGAUGAGGGCUCACUGCGCAGAAAAGCCGCACUUAGUGCGGCUCUGGCCCAGGGCCUGCAGAGUCCCGAUUACUGGAUCAACCGUUCCGUCCAAAGCUCCUCCACGUCUUCAUCAGCGUCGUCUACCCUCUCCCACGGAGAACCGAAGAGCCAGCCCCAGCCUCCACUUCAGCCUGCUGCUUCAGUUCUGGCUGAUGUACUAGCACACAUGCGCAUUGAGAACAGUGUCCCUCCAGAUGUGACAUCAACUUCCACUGCCCAGGACAGAGGCUCGAGAAUGGAUUUACCUCCUGCGGUCAGGGGCAUGAGCCGUGGGCAGAGCCGCUCAAGCAUGCUGGAUACUGCUGAUGGAAAGCGAAAAGGUGUUCCUGUCAAUAGCAGAGUGUCCACUAAGAUUCAGCAGUUGCUAAACACACUCAAACGGCCCAAACGACCACCACUCAGUGAAUUCUUCCUUGACGACUCUGAGGAGAUAGUCGAAGUUCCCCAACCAGACCCCAACACGCCUAAACCAGAGGGCCGUCAAAUCAUCCCAGUAAAAGGGGAGCCUUUGGGUGUUGUUAGUAACUGGCCUCCUGCCCUACAAGCAGCCCUGGCCCGCUGGGGGGCCACCCAAGCCAAGAGCCCUGCCCUCACUGCGCUGGACAUCACAGGAAAACCCCUCUACACUCUCACAUAUGGUAAACUGUGGAGCCGCAGUCUGAAACUGGCGUACACACUACUUAAUAAAUUGGGCACAAAGACUGAACCUGUGCUACAACCUGGAGAUAGAGUGGCGCUGGUUUACCCAAACAGUGACCCGGGUAUGUUCUGGGUUGCGUUCUAUGGCUGUUUGUUGGCUGAGGUCAUCCCUGUGCCUAUUGAAGUACCACUUUCGAAACAAGAUGCCGGCAGCCAGCAGAUUGGCUUCCUCUUGGGCAGCUGUGGUGUCAGUCUGGCACUGACUAGUGAGGUGUGUCUUAAAGGGCUGCCCAAGACACCAAAUGGAGAGAUCAUCCAGUUCAAAGGAUGGCCAAGAAUGAGAUGGGUGGUGACAGAUACAAAGUACCUGACCAAACCUUCCAAAGACUGGCAGCCACAUAUUCCCACCGCCAACACGGACACUGCCUACAUCGAGUACAAAGCCAGUAAGGAGGGGACUGUGAUGGGUGUGGCUGUGUCCAAGAUCUCCAUGCUGACGCACUGUCAAGCACUGACGCAGGCCUGUAACUACUGCGAAGGUGAGACUCUGGUCAAUGUGUUAGACUGCAAGAAGGACAUGGGCUUGUGGCAUGGCGUCUUAACGAGUGUCAUGAAUAGAAUCCACACCAUUACAGUGCCAUACUCCGUCAUGAAAGCCUGUCCCAUGUCCUGGGUGCAGAGGGUGCACAUUCACAAAGCCCGUGUGGCCUUGGUAAAGUGCCGUGAUCUUCACUGGGCAAUGAUGGCCCACAAAGAUCAGAGGGACACCAAUCUGUCCUCGAUACGGAUGCUCAUAGUAGCUGAUGGAGCAAAUCCUUGGUCCGUGUCAUCAUGCGAUGCCUUCCUGAAUGUGUUCCAGUCUCACGGUCUAAAGCCUGAGGUCAUCUGUCCAUGUGCCACCUCACCCGAGGCCUUGACGGUGGCCAUUCGCAGACCUGGCGUAAGAGGAGCUCCUCUGCCAGCCAGGGCCAUCCUAUCUAUGGGGGGGCUAAGCCACGGCGUGAUCCGAGUCAACACCGAAGACAAGAAUUCGGCUCUCACUGUUCAAGACGUUGGCCACAUAAUGCCUGGAGCUCUGAUGUGUAUUGUGAAACCUGACGGCUCCCCUCAGCUGUGCAAAACGGAUGAGAUAGGAGAGAUUGUGAUCAGCUCCCGAGCAGGGGGUACCAUGUACUAUGGACUUCCUGGGGUCACAAAAAACACUUUUGAGGUGAUACCUGUCAACCAGUCUGGAGCGCCUUUAGGAGAAGUUCCCUUCACCCGAACAGGAUUGCUUGGAUUUGUUGGCCCAGGCAGCCUGGUAUUUGUUGUAGGUAAGAUUGAGGGGCUGCUGAUGGUGAGCCGGCGACGUCACAAUGCUGAUGACCUGGUGGCUACCGCUCUCGCUGUGGAGCCUGUGAAAACAGUUUACAGGGGCAGGAUCGCCGUGUUUUCAGUGACUGUGUUUUAUGAUGAGAGGAUUGUGAUAGUGGCAGAGCAACGGCCUGAUGCCAGUGAGGAGGACAGCUUCCAGUGGAUGAGUCGAGUUCUUCAAGCCAUCGACAGCAUCCACCAGGUGGGCCUGUACUGUCUCGCUCUGGUGCCUGCCAACACCCUCCCAAAGACGCCCCUUGGCGGCAUCCACAUCUGCGAAACCAAGCAGAAUUUUCUGGAGGGAAACCUGCACCCCUGCAACAUCCUUAUGUGCCCGCACACCUGCGUCACCAACAUGCCCAAACCACGACAGAAACAGCCUGUGGAUGUUGGGCCAGCAUCUAUGCUGGUGGGUAACCUUGUGGCAGGAAAACGUAUCGCCCAGGCUACAGGCAGAGAACUGGGUGUCGUUGAAGACCAGGACCUAAUUCGGAAGCACCAGUUCUUAUCUGAUGCACUCCAAUCGAGAGCCCAGACCGACCCAGAUCAUGUUCUCUAUGUGCUCCUGAAUGCGAAGGGGGUGGCGGUGUGCACAGCCACCUGUGCUCAGCUUCACAAGCGGGCAGAGAAAAUCACAGCCACCCUCAUGGAGCGAGGAGGCCUCAACACCGGUGACAACGUGGUGCUGCUUUAUCCCCCAGGCAUUGACCUAAUAGCUGCCUUCUAUGGCUGCCUCUAUACCGGUGUGGUCCCUGUGACUGUGAGGCCUCCCCACCCACAAAAUCUGGCGGCCACUCUACCCACUGUCCGCAUGAUCAUUGACGUGAGCAAAGCAGCCUGCAUCCUCACCACUCAACCUCUCAUGAGGAUCCUCAGGUCCAGGGAAGCUGCCGCCAGCGUCAAUGUCAAGACGUGGCCCACCAUCAUCGACACAGAUGACCUACCAAGAAAGCGACCACCACAAAUCUAUAAGCCCCCAACAGCCGAGAUGUUGGCUUACCUGGACUUUAGUGUGUCUACUACGGGCAUGUUAACUGGAGUAAAGAUGUCUCAUGCUGCAGUCAGCACACUAUGCCGUUCCAUCAAGCUGCAGUGUGAACUCUACUCUUCACGCCAAAUAGCCAUCUGCCUGGACCCGUACUGCGGCCUAGGCUUUGUCCUGUGGUGCCUCUCCAGUGUUUACUCAGGUCAUCAGUCAAUACUCAUCCCUCCCUUGGAGCUGGAAAGCUCACUUCCGCUGUGGCUGAGCACACUCAGUCAGUACAAGAUCCGAGACACCUUCUGCUCUUAUUCCGUCAUGGAGCUCUGCACCAAAGGCCUCGGGACCCAGACGGAGAUGCUGAAGGCACGUGGAGUGAAUCUAUCCUGCGUGCGCAGCUGUGUUGUAAUAGCUGAGGAAAGACCUCGACUAGCUCUGACGCAGUCCUUCUCCAAGCUCUUUAAAGAUGUUGGCCUGUCGUCACGAGCAGUCAGCACCGCUUUCGGCUCCAGGGUCAACCUGGCCAUCGGUCUUCAGGGCACAGCUGGACCAGACCCCUCCACCGUCUACGUGGACAUGAAGUCACUGCGUCACGACAGAGUGAGGCUGGUGGAGCGGGGAGCGCCACAGAGUCUUCCACUCAUGGAAUCGGGCACUAUUCUUCCUGGGAUGCGAGUUAUUAUCGUCAACCCAGAGACUCGAGGACCGCUUGGAGACUCCCAUCUCGGUGAAAUCUGGGUGAACAGUGCCCACAGCGCAAGUGGCUACUACACCAUCUAUGGGGAAGAGAGCUUGCAGGCGGACCAUUUUAACACCCGGCUCAGCUUUGGGGAUCCAAACACUCUCUGGGCCAGAACAGGCUACCUGGGCUUCAUCAAGAGAACUGAGCUGCUUGAUGCUAGUGGAGAUCGCCAUGAUGCCUUAUUUGUAGUUGGCUCCCUGGAUGAGACGCUGGAGCUAAGGGGCUUACGUUACCACCCCAUCGACAUCGAGACGUCCGUGUCUCGAACUCACCGCAGCAUCGCAGAAAGUGCCGUGUUCACUUGGACCAACCUACUGGUGGUGGUGGCUGAGCUGAGCGGCUCCGAGCAGGAGGCUCUGGACCUGGUGCCCCUUGUCACCAACGUGGUUCUGGAGGAGCACCACCUCAUCGUUGGCGUAGUGGUCAUCGUGGACCCUGGCGUAAUUCCCAUCAACUCCCGAGGGGAGAAGCAGCGGAUGCACCUGCGUGACUCCUUUCUGGCCGACCAGCUGGACCCCAUCUACGUGGCCUACAACAUGUGA